CAAAAAAAACCCAAACACACGCAAGUGCACAAAAACCCAACAAACGCAACAUUUCCCCCGAAUUAAUAUUUUCUUUCGUUUAUUUUAUUUACCUGGUGCUGAAGGCUAAAGCUUUUCCCUUCGAUUUGAUUCCUCAUGGCCUCCAAUGGUGCUUCUACGGAGCAAGGAGUUAGGGAUGCUACGGAGAACAGUUUGGAAAAGAUAAAACGGCAGCUGGCCUCUGGCUCCGGUAGGAACUUGCUUCAAGGUCCACUUCUUAAGCGAUCUGAGACUUUGAGGAAAUGGAACGAACGGUGGGUGAUAUUGGACCCGACAACGGGGAAAAUGGAAUACAAGACUAGGAGGAAUGAGCCAGGUGUUAAGGGAAUAAUUACAUUUGAUGAAAACAGCACCAUUGCCGUAUCUCCUGUUAACUUUCAUGGACUUCCAAAGUACGAUGGCUGCUGUUUCUAUGUUGGGACUCCCCAGAAAAAGGACUACUUUCUUUGUGCAGAGACUCCUGGUGCUGCUAGAGCUUGGGUAUCAACUUUACAUGCAACGCAGUUAGUUCUAAAGGCCCACAAAGAGGCUGUCAAUUCCUUAAGUGGGAAUGGUUCUGCAAAAUUAGGUACAGUUGCAACAGUAGUUGCUGCUGCCAAUUCAACGGCCAGAGAAUGUUCUAAAGAAAUUGAAGCAGCAAUGCAGAUCUCUUUGAGAAAUGCCUUAGGAUUGGUGACAAAUAGACCCACUGACGGUCCAAUGGAUGAUCUUACAAUUAUGAAGGAGACACUAAGAGUCAAGGAUGAGGAAUUGCAGAAUUUGGCCAGAGAUCUCCGUGCUCGUGAUUCAACAAUAAGAGAAAUAGCAGAGAAACUUUCUGAGACUGCUGAGGCUGCUGAAUCUGCAGCAUCUGCAGCUCAUAUGAUGGAUGAACAAAGGAGAAUUGCUUGUGCAGAAAUUGAGCGCAUAAAAAAAGAUUCAGAAAAACAAAAGGAAGCAUUUGCAUUAAAGCUGAGAGAGUCGGAAGAAAAGUUUGGGAUCCUAAGCAAAGAAAGAGAUCAAUUGAUUAAGCAGAGAGACUCUGCUAUGCAGGAGGCACAUAUGUGGCGCACUGAGCUUGCAAAAGCUCGAGAUCAUGUUGUGAUAUUAGAAGCGGCAGUUGUGAGAGCAGAAGAGAAGGUGAGAAUUGCAGAAGCAGAUGCUGAAGCUAGAAUAAAAGAAGCAACACAGAAAGAGGCAGCUGCGGUGAAGGAAAAGCAAGAUCUUCUCGCAUAUGUCAAUGUGUUACAGGCACAUAUCCAAAGACAACAGAGUGACAUGAAGCAAAUUUGUGAGGAGAAGACUGAGUCCUCAAAUGCCAAUAACUGUCCACCCGAGACAAAGGAUGUUGACUUGUCAGAGAAUGUAGACAAAGCUUGUCUUAGUGUUUCCAGAGCAGUCCCAAUACCUGGGGAGAGUGUAGUCCACAUGGCAGUGGAUCAAGUUAAUAUCCAACCGGUUGGCAAUGGUGAAUGGAGUGAUAUUCAGGCAACAGAAGCAAGAAUAGCUGAUGUAAGAGAGAUAGGCCCCGAGACAGAGGGAAGCAGCCUUGAUAUACCUGUUGUUAUCCCGGCAAUAAGUAACCACCAUGAGCAAGGAGCGAACUCUUUCCACCAGCCUUGAGAAAGUGUUCCAUAUAUAUAUAUAUAUACACUCAAUUGUGGGGAAUUCAAGGUUACUUACAAGGGAAAUGUAAAGAUUCUCGAUAUAUUUUCAUUUUCUUCCUCAUCGUCUCAGUUCCAUAAUUUAGGUUAGGUUGUUUUGGUAUGUCAAUGUCAUUCCUUUUCCCUGGAGGAUGGUAACUAUUACUUUGAAUACGUUUGAAUACGAGCGAGCCUUUCAAAAUAAAGUAUUUGAUUGUAAAUUUGACAGGAAUCUUGAAAGACUGGCCAAAUAGUUGUAGCGAACUGGUUUUGCAGCGGAGCUAUCUCCUGCAGUGAAUUUGAAUCAUAGCAGGCAUUUCUCCUGCUAUCAAUCAGUUUGGACUUGUUGAAAAUCAAGUCAUUUGAUUUAUAUAAAUCAACCAAAUUCAUAUUUGAUUUA